GCGUCGCGUCGGCGCGCUGCUGGAGAGAGCCUAUUAGUUUAACACGCGCGUCAUUUCGGCGCGUCUUCCCGCCGGCGUCGCGCGGGCGACCAACAUUUCCUGAGGUAAUUCACAUAUUUGACUUUUUAUAUUUUAUGUAUCGUACAGAAUAAUAGAGCGCAGGCUAAAGUGCAGUUCGGCCCCAGCGAGUCUCUCAGCGCGGCGUGUCUCACAGCGCAGGGGGCAGCCGGAGCGCCGCAGACUCGGGCGGCUACAUGAGUAUAUUGGGAAUAAAAUACUCCUGCCAGCUGACGCUGGACCCCAACACAGCAAACAGAGAAGUGUCUCUGUCAGGGGGGGACAGGAAGGUGACAGGGGGGGCAGAGCAGCCAUAUCCUGAUCAUCCAGAGAGAUUUGACAGCUGGAGCCAAGUUCUGUGCAGAGAGAGUCUGACUGGUCGCUGUUACUGGGAGGCUGAGUGGGAUGGAGAUGCUGCCUGCAUAGGAGUGACUUAUAAAGGGAUCGGGAGGAAAGGAGGGAGUGACUGUGGGCUUGGAGCCAAUAACAAGUCAUGGAUGCUGUGCUGCUCUCCUCACAGACACUCUGUCCGGCGCAAUAAUAAAGAGACUCUUAUACCCAUAGAGCCCUCAGGCCCCCGCAGAGUAGGAGUGUAUCUGGACUGGGGGGCUGGUGCUCUGUCCUUCUACAGAGUCUCCUCUGAUGGACUGACCCCCCUGCACAGAUUCACCUCCUCAUUCACUGAGUCCCUCUAUCCAGGGUUUGGGGUUUAUCCAAACCCCCCCGUGUCGCUGUGCAUGCUGGGAUAGCUCACUGUGUGCUGGAGGAAUCAUUUUUACCGUAUCAGAGUCUCACAUGUCGCUGCUUCUCCGUGGCAAAAAGGUAAAAUCUCUGCUUUAUAACCAGUAUAACCCUUUUUACUCUGUCUGAAGUGUGACGUAUGUUAAUAAUUGGGUUCUGUAAGCUGAACAAACAUGUAGAAUGACUGUUUUUCUCUGACUUAUGUUCUAUGUUGUCUGUAAAUGCACCAAAACUGCCUAAACAAAUUCAUAGUACAUGCAGUUGUACCAAUGGAGUGAAUUCUGAUUCUGAAUAAAAUAAAAUGUAAUGAAA